UUUCCCUGGUCGGGCCGUUCAUCCCCUUCAAGUCGUGGCUGUGCGAGCGGCGUUUCGCCACUGGAUGGCCUCUAGUUCUUCUUUGAGGAAGCAGAAUCAGGAUUGGUUCCUAAGGCUGAUGCGGGUGAUAUUUUGGGUGGCGGAAUUGAUGUUGUGGAGUUUGUGGUUGCUUCCAUCCAUGAAGGAUGUGAUUUGUUCUCCAACGAUAUGGCGGUUCAGAAUACGUCCACUGCAUCUAUGGGAGAUGAGGGAGAUGCAGAGGGUGUCGUCGUCAACAAAUCAAAGGCCUCCUGUUGGACUCGACGUGUUAGGAUUGGCAAAGCGCCAGAAGAGAGGGAUGCCAACCCAAGCAGAGUCCUUGCCCUCGAAGCUUCAAUGGGAGGUUAUGCAGACAACAAGGUUGGCACUGUUGUUAACCCGGCGCUCAGAACUAGAUUCGACACAGUUGAAGAAGCGUGUGAGUUUUACAACCUAUACUCCUGGGAGACUGGGUUUAGCGUCAGGGCAAGCCAUUGCAAUCGAAAAGCCGCUCGACGAGGUGUGGAUGCCCCGUGUUGAUGCGGGUGCUUAGAUCUGAUGAUAGAGGAUGGUACAUAUGUGAACACAAAGCAGAACACAACCAUGCAGUCUCAGUUAACUGUAUGGAGAAGCUGCACUGGAAAUCGCACCGGCACAUAGAUAGAUACAUCAGAGGCUUGGUGAAACAGCUGAGAGAAAACAAUGUAAGCCUGAGCAAGGUUUACAGUGUGGCUGGCAGUUUUUUUUGGAUCUGUGAAGGAGGUGCCAUUCACAAAGAGAUCUCUCAAAACUCUUUGUGGAAAACUUAACAGAGAGCAGUCAGAAAAUGAUGCCACAAAAACAAUAGAGGUGUUCAACGCAAUGCGGGCUGAAGAUCCUGAGUUCAAAUACAGUGUGCAGGUUGAUUGUGAUGGUUGAGUCAAAACUUUGAUGUGGACAACAGGGAGAAGCAUCGAGCAAUUUAAAGUGUUUUAGCGAUACUGUCACGUUUGAUACGACAUACAAAACUAAUCUAUACGACAUGCCGUUUGGCCUCUCGUUGGUGUCAACAAUCACUUCCAAAGCAUUAUUUUUGGAGGUGUGCCGAUGAGCCAUGAGAAAAUCGACACUUUCAAGUGGAUAUUCAUAGAGUUCUUCUAGAUGAUAGGAGCGCCACAACCACGCAAAAUCCUCAUAGGUAUUUAAUAAAAUGUUCUCGUCUAGUUACGAGUGUUGAUCUUCUUUUUAAGCUUGCUGUGAAAAUGUUUUCCUCCUGGAAUGUGCUGAUAGAGAACUGUUGGUUUCAAACCAAGCUCGUGCAAUGGAGGUUGCCAUAGAAGAUGUCAUGCCACAUACAAGUGGUGCAAAUGGCAUGUGUUGAAGAAAGCAAAAGAGUGCCUUGGGCCACUGCUAGGCAAGGGUAGUGAGUUCAAACAGGAGUUCAACAGGAUGGUGCAUCACAUGGUUAGUGAGACAGAAUUUGAGGAUGGUUGGGCAUGUAUGGUUGAGAAGCAUGGUCUACAAAAAAAUGUAUCACAGAAAUAUAUGAGACUCGGAUGAAGUGGGCUAAGCCUUACUUCAUGGAUGCUUUUUGCGCCAAGAUGACCAGCACGCAACAGAGUGAAAUUGCAAACCAUUUGCAGAAAGGAUAUGUGCCACCAGGAUCCUUGGUGCACCUUUUCAUCAGGCAAUAUGAGAAGAUGCAAUUUGACAGAGAUUCAGAGGAGAGUUAUCGAGAGAAGAGAACCAAACUGGGUGGUGUUUUGCUUGCUCAGAACCUACCUAUUGAGAUACAUGCAUCAAAAAUUUAUACGAAGGACAUGUUUGAAAAUUUUGGCGAGAUGCUAUAUGAAUGUGGGUCAUAUGUUCUGAUCAAAGUUGUGCCUCGUCGUGAAUACAUAGCGAGGCAUGUAAAGAAAGAUUCAAGGGACAAAUGGUGUAAAACUGAAUUCCGCGUCCAGGUCAACAAGCUUGCUGACGAAUUCAAGUGUGAAUGUGGAAUGUUUGAACAUUUUGGCAUGGUGUGCAGCCAUGCACUGAAGGUAAUGAUACAGCUUGGUCUGCAGGAGGUUCCAGCCGGGCAAAUACUGAAGCGUUGGACAAGGGAUGCAAGACUCGGUGACAACAAUGCGGAUGCAUAUGCUCUUGCGAUGGAUCAACUAAGAAAUGUGAAAACAUUGCUUUGCGGCGCCAUCAAAGAAGAGACUAGCGGGGUGCCCUACGAUAAGCCACAAUAAAGCACCAUAUGAACAGCCAGCUAAGAGGAGUAGGUUAUGUUCAAUCUGCCGGGGCCAAGGGCACGAGAGCACAACAUGUCCACAGGAUGGGGAUCUUCCAAAGGCGACAAGGAAUUCACCUCAUUGCUCCAGGUGCAGCCUGACAGGCCACAGAAGGAACACCUGCACCAACACGCCCAAGACAGAUUUCUAUGGUUGAUUUUAUUUAUUUUCUAUGCUUGAAAUAUGACAGUUUCAUGUAACCGUGCUUAUGUGGAUGUCAGACUACUAGUGACCACUCCACAUAUUAGUGAACCUCUAUGUAUGUAGUAUCGUUUGCUGUCAGAGAAUU